AAACUUGCGCUCUUUUGCUAUUAGUCUUUUUCCUCUGAAAAAGCAUCUAAAAGUGUAGUGAAAGAAUCUCAAAAUUAGUAGAAAAGGUGAAACAAAUGACUCUUGAUAUUUCAUAAAUGCAGAAUUGUGGAAAUCAGGCGGUUCAAUGGAGGGUUCAGAGCUUCUCUGCGAUGCCCGGAUUUGUCGUUUGUGCGGAGAAAGUAACUCAAGUGGAUACCAAUUGUUCGAUCCAAAGGAUGACCAGGCAUCUUCUCGACUCAGCAAUCUCAUAAAUCAGUACCUCCCAGUGAAGGUCAAGGAUGACGGGAAGUUUCCCCGGUGGAUCUGUCCAGGAUGCAAUAUUCAGGUGGAGACAACUGUGGAGUUCUUCGACUUGAUCAUCCGCGGUCAGGAGAAGCUCAGGGAGCUGCAGAGAGAAGAGUGGCUGUGUCAAGAGCAGAGUAACAGCACUGCAAUCAUCGCAUAUGAGGAUCUUGGGCAGGAUUUGGAGAGUGUUCUCUUUCCUACUAAUCAUACGCUGUCACUGAAGGCGAUGGGCGUUGAGAAACCGCGCAAGAAGCGCGGCAGGCCGCCGAAACCAUCGCCAGAAGUGCUGGAGGCGCAGCGACUGCGGGCCGAAGAGGAGUUGCUGGCGAAGCAGCGUCAGGAGGCGCAGGAGAGAGAGGAGCAAGGCGAGGAUGGGCGACGAAAGCGCAAAAUCCGGGCCCCAGCUCGCUUCCAGGGCGUGGUGCAGGGCAAGGAACUGGAGAAGGUGUACGUGGCUGAGGGAGUGAUUGACAAGACUGGCGUGUCGGACACGGAAGAGAGUGCGCAGAUCAUCGAGAAUGCCACGGAGGAGGACGGUAGAGGGAGUCAGGUGAUAGGGCAUCUCAAGUCAUCGGACGGCGUGGUGUUGAGUGAUUUGGUGGUGACACAGAAGGUGGAGUUUCACAGGAAGGGACGCGUGGCGAGGCUGAAGACCAGAUUCAUGUGUGACGUGUGCAGCAAGACGUUCUCCCAGGAGCUACGAUUCCUCAGCCAUCGGGCGACUCAUCAGAAUGUGCGCUAUGAGUGCACAGAGUGCCUGGAGCAUUUCCUAAAGCGGGAGGAGCUGAAGGAGCACCAGAGCGACAGCGGUCACAAGGGUCAAGGCAUUGUGGAGAGUGUAAAGGUGGCCAAGGCGGACUCUUCGGCCAUUGAGGAGGCAGCCAAGGCGCUGUACGAUCUGCAGAAUGACAAGACAGUGAUGCCGCAAAUCAGUGAGAUCGACGAGGACUUCAUGAACAUCCCAGAGCUGGAUCUGGCCUUUGAUCCCACUCUGGAGACGCAGGCCACCUUCACGGCGACGAAGAAGUUCACGUGCAGUCUGUGCAAGAUGGCCUUCUCAUACCUGCAAGAGCUGCGCAGCCACAUGACGAGCCAUCGCACGCCGCCGGCCUUCCACUGUGACGUGUGCCAGAGGAAGUUCACGGAUCCGGCCGUGGUGGUGCUGCACAAGGAGACGGAGCACAGCGGUGUGCGGCGCUUCGCAUGCAACAAAUGCGACAAGGAGUUCAUGCAGAAGCACCAGCUGCAGAAGCAUCAGAAUGUGCACAUCGCCGUGCGCCCGUUCGAGUGCAGCGUGUGCAGGAAGCGCUUCAAGACGAAGCCACACAUGCAGUACCACGCGCUGUGCCACUCGCAGGAGAAGCGCUACGGCUGCGAUCUGUGUGGGCAGCGCUUCCAUUACAACGCCGCCUUGAAGCACCACUAUCGCUGGCACGCAGGCCACAAGCCCUUCAAGUGCCAGCACUGCGGCAAGUCCUUCCUGCAGCGCGGCAUCCUCAAGGAGCACGUGCGCAUCCACACGGGCGAGCGGCCCUUCAAGUGCCAGCACUGCGAAAUGUCCUUCAAGACGCUGUCCCAGUGUCGCAUGCACUCGCAGAGGCACACGAACGAGCGCCCGUGGCACUGCGAGAUGUGCACCAAGGCCUUCAUCAAGCUGGAAUCUUACAAGAUUCACAUGCGCCGCCACCGUAACGAGAAGAUCUUCGUGUGCGACAUCUGCCAGAAGAGCUUCGCCGAGCAGUAUGCGCUGAAGAAGCACUCACGCACGCAUACUGGCGAGAAGCCCUUCGCGUGCGUCACGUGCGGAAAGACGUUCGCCGACCGUUCAAACAUGGUGAAGCACGCAAAGCAGCACGCCGAUGCUGCUCCGCCGGCGGUCAGCACUAGUGAGGAGCCAAAAACUCUCCCCGAAGCGGACAUGCCGAUAGUCUAUCAGAUCCUGAACCAAGGUGACGACGUGGAGAAUGGCCAGAUCAUCUUCGUGGCGACUUAUCCGCCCAAGGAGCAGCAGCUCAGUCAAGUAGUGAAUCCCCAGGCGGACAGCAUUAUCAGGAUUCUGGAUGAGAAGAAUCCCGAGGAGAUUCUCACGAUGCAGAACAUCAGCGAGGAUCCGACAAGUGGCAUCUUCUCCAGCGCCAGCAUUGCACUUCAACUCGACUCAACAGAAGACUACAGAUUCCUCCUGGCCGACAAGUGAACAACACUAGAGAC